CUUCUUCACUCAAAAACUACAACUCUCUUCUCUCUCAUCAGUUUUCUUUAUCAGAUUUCUGAUAUUUUAACUAAUAUUGAAGAUAAAGUAAAAAUAAUCAUGGGCUUUCAUUUAUCUUCUUCUUGCAUGGUUUUAACAAUAAUGUUAAUGAUUUUCUCAAGCUUGCCAUGUCAAGCACAACUUUCUUCCAACUUCUAUGACAGUACAUGUCCUAAUGCACUAAGUACUAUUAGGACAGUCGUUGAUUCAGCAGUUGAUAGUGACCCAAGAAUGGCUGCUUCGCUCAUUCGCCUUCACUUCCAUGAUUGCUUUGUUCAGGGUUGCGAUGGUUCAGUCUUGCUGGAAGAUACAGCCACAUUUACCGGCGAGAGAACUGCUCGGAACAACGCUGCUUCUCUUAGAGGAUUCAGUGUCAUUGAUGAUGCAAAGUCUCAAAUAGAGAGUAUAUGUCCAGGAGUUUUUUCAUGUGCUGAUAUUGUUGCAGUUGCGGCUCGUGAUGCUUCUGUCGCUGCUAGUGGACCAUCAUGGACAGUAAAUCUUGGAAGAAGAGAUUCUACCACUGCAAGUCUAAGUGAGGCUAAUAGCGACCUUCCUGGAUUUACAGACAGUCUUACAAGGCUUAUUUCUUUGUUCGGUGAGAAGGGAUUGAGUGAAAGAGACAUGGUUGCCCUUUCAGGAGCGCAUACUUUAGGGCAAGCAAGAUGUUUAACAUUCAGAGCCAGGAUUUACAGUAACGGAAGUGACAUUGAUCCUGACUUUGCUACCACCCGACAAGGAAAUUGUCCAUCUGAUACCAACAGCGGAAGUGGAAAUCUUGCACCACUUGAUUUGGUGACACCAAAUACUUUUGAUAAUAACUAUUACUCAAACAUUAUUGCAAGAAGAGGUCUUCUUCAAUCAGAUCAAGUACUUUUCAGCGGCGGAUCUACAGAUAGUAUUGUUAAUGAGUAUAGCUCAGACGGUUCAUCUUUCAGUUCUGAUUUUGCAGCUGCUAUGGUGAGGAUGGGAAAUAUUGACCCCCUUACUGGUACGCAAGGAGAGAUUCGAAGGAUUUGUACUGCUAUCAACUAAUUAUGAAAUGAAUCAUUCAAGUCUUGUCUUAGUGUUUUCUGCAAUAAAUAUUGGAAGAUCAAAUAUCUUCUCACUCAUGUAAUUUCAAUUCAAGUGUAAUCUUCUUGGAUUUAUUUUUCUUAAAUCAAGUGUAAUCAUUGCUGCUUGUUUUGGUAAAAUGGAAAGAUUUUAGCAUUUUCUUUAAUA